UUAUUAUCGAAAAUGAAUUUUUUCUAUACCAAUAUAUUAAUGUAUCUAUAUGAUUAUGAGUCUUUUUUGUAAAACCAAAUUUUUUAUAUCUACUAUAAAAUGUGAUGAUAUUUAGUAAAUCCAUAAUAAAUUGUAUAUAUCCAAAAUACAAAUCACAGAACUGAUAUUUUUGGUGAAAAAUAAAAAUGUUUCCAUUGAUGCUUUCAUUGAUGUUUAUGCUGGUGGAACGUCCUAGUAGCACUAUAGCCGCUCCAUAUUGCAAAGCUGAGUGGUGCAAUCCUAAUCAUGAGCCAUAUCCUAAUAUAGGUUCCAUUAUGACUGGUUAUAAUAUUUUACAAGGAAACCCAUUUACAUCUAGUGCACUACAUGAUCCUGGUUUUUCAACAGGCUAUAUUUUUGUCCCCACAUACAAAACCUCAUCAGGAGCAUAUGCACUUCAUGGUGGAGUUACAGUGCGACAAGGAGUUCAAUGUAGUCUUUCCUCAAGCUCAGACAUUAUUACCACAGUUGAGGAUUAUGCUAAAAAAAUUGGUGCAAAAUCAUCCCAAGGAUCUAGUUUUACUUCGAACCUCCAAUUUGAAGUUAGCGCUGAACUUAAAGGCGUUGGUGUUAAAACAACAAUUCCACCUCUAAUUGAAUCUGCAUUUUCUUCAAGUAAAGAAUAUAAGAACAAUGAAAUUUUUUUUAUCCAAAAAAGAGGAGUUUUAACUGUACACGAUGCCACCUGUGCAACUUACACUGUUCGAAUAAGCCCUUUUGAUCCACCGCCUUUUGCUGAUGGUUUUGUAAAUGGCUUGAUUAAAUUAAACAACAGUAUUGAGUCAAAGAGAGAGUUAGUGGCAAACGAUUUUAUUAGAGAAUUUGGUACACAUUACCUUCUCCAGACAACUAUGGGUGCCCGUACAGCAGUUUCUCGGCGUUAUUCCCAAGAUGAGUUUAAAAAAAGUACGGAUGAUCAAAUCCAAAAAUGCAACGAAGAUCGUCUUAAACUGACAAUAGCAGGUAUAGGAAACGGUCGCACUUCGCAAAGUUGCAAAGACAUAGACAACGCUGCAAGUAGUAACACUGUUGAUGGCUUUGAGAGAGAAUCUGUAACUUCUUACGGUUCAAAACCUGCUGCUGACCUUGUUUCAUGGUCACAGCAAAAUUUUGAAUCACCGUCACCAAUUAAAAUGGAACUGAGCUCAUUGCUAAAUUUGUUCACCGCAGAUCACAUGAAUAAGCAUCCUAGUAUUAACUACAAAGCCAUAUUAAAAUGGUUUGGACCCUUAUAUUACAACUACUGCGAGAAAAAUAAAGUAGAACUUGGCAUUAAAAGUUGUGAUCCCCAAACUCAAAAUAGCUGUGGUUGGAAUGACAACUGCAUACCAAGACAGCAAGUUUGUAAUAAUAACCCAAAUAAAAUUGGUUUUACUUGUUGCACUCCAAAAUGUCAGUUACUACCUUGCAAAAACGGAGGAACCUGCAAAGACAUUACUGAUAUUACUUGCACGUACCAGUGUUCUUGCCCUCGAGGCUGGCAAGGAACAACAUGCGAAGAAAAAGUUGUCUUUGACGAUAUUUUACGUGCUGAAGUAGAACGUCAAAUGAUGUUAAAUAGCGCAAAAACAAAUGACGAGUUUCGAGAUAUUUUACACCGCUACUUGACAGGGUUGUAUUCAAAUUAUUUCUUUACAGUUAACGCUUAUGACGAAGUGAUUGGUUCAGAAGCACAUUCAGUUAUUGGCACUUAUGUCCAGUUUAUUAAAACCCACAAAAGAAACCUUGUGGUUGGUUGGGCUAAAAAAAACUCUGUUUUCCCACCCACAGCCAAAUUAAAUGAAAUAUCAGCUGCCGUUCAUCGUUCCGUUAAUGGAUUCAAUAAAGAGGCUAAAGCUAGCGCAGAGAAAGCAUGGGGUGUGGCUAACUCGUUCAAAUUCCCGCUUGUUAUGACACAUGUAGUACGAUUUGGCUGUGGUCUGCGUUCGAAAUUUAGUGGCGUUACAAGUUUCCAAAACUUUACUGUAGGAGGGCAUGAUUCUAGCGUCGUUGUUAUGUUUGGAAGUCCAUAAAAAUAGAAAAUCAUUUAAAGAAAUAUAUACAUCAUUCUUGUUA